GAACCAGGAAGUUGCUGAAAUUAACAUGGCUACGAAAGAUCAGGUCGACAGUUUAACCAAGGAGCUCGAUUGUCCCAUCUGCCUGGAUUUCUUCACCGAUCCGGUGUCACUGGAGUGCGGGCACAACUUCUGCCGCUCCUGUAUCACACAGAGUUGGGACAGAGAGGGGAGAAACUCCUGCCCGGAAUGUAGAGAGGAGUUUGUGAAUCGCACCCUCGGGACAAGUCGGGCCUUGUCGAGACUGUCAGAUAAAUUUCGGACACUGCGCGAGAAUCAGGAGAAGGGAGUUACACACCACUGCGAAGAACAUCAGGAAGAACUAAAGCUGUUUUGUGAAGCUGAUAUGGAGCUGAUCUGUGUGAUUUGUGCAGCCGGGCGGAAACACAAGUGUCACAGCUUCGCGCUGAUAGCAGAAGCUGCUGAAUUCUACAAGGAUCAAGUGAGAUACUCCUUCGAAUCUCUCGCAAAAAAUAAAUCAGAGAUCCAGCAAAUGGAGCAGCAACAGAAACAGAAGAUUUCUGGAGUUCUGGAACAGUCACACAACCUUCAGUCACAGAUCACAUCCCAGUUUGCUGAACUGCACCAGAUUCUCACUGAGAAAGAGCAGCGCACACUGGCAGAUAUCCGGGAGGAAGAGAAGAAGAUUCUAAAUACAAUGGAGAAAAAUCUUGAGGAGAUUCGAGAGAAAUUAAAUUCCAUUCAGGAGGAACUCGUAAAGCUACAGGCACAGCUGGAUCAAAAAGACAGUGUGGUAUUUCUGAGGGAGCAAGCUGGUGCGAACAGGAGGGACAGUGAGGAAGUGAAAACACUCUCAGUGGCAGACGGUGCCUUGACGAUUGACAAAAUCGAUCACCACUUUUUGAUGAACACGUUGUGGAGAGAAACGUCUGCCAUUAAUCAAGUCUCCGUCACCCUGGAUGUGGAAACGGCUCAUCCCCACCUCGAUGUGUCUGUGGAUCGGAAGAGGGUGAGAUGGACCGGGACCCUGAUGAAUCUCCCCGACACCGGGAAGAGGUUUACAUUCAGUCGGUGUGUGCUGGGAUCGGAGGGAUUCACAUCGGGGAGACAUUACUGGGAGGUGGAGGUGGCGGGGAGUCGGCGCUGGAGUCUGGGAGUCGCCGCAGAGUCUGUAGAGAGGAAGAGAGUGGUGGAGCUGACCCCGGAGACUGGAGUCUGGAUCAUCAGGCGGCGAGGUGACAAGUUUGAUCCAUUCAAUUCCUCUCCAUCCCGUCUCCCAGCCCGUCCCAUCCCCGGGAGGGUGGGAGUUUAUCUCAGUUACGAGUCCAGGACAGUUUCAUUUUAUGACGCGGACACCAAGUCCCAUCUCCACACCUUCACUGGGAAUAAAUUCACGGAGAAACUUUAUCCUUUCUUCUGGACUUGGGCUGAGAACCAGUGGCUGAGAAUCUGCCCCGGUUCCGCUUCGGGUGUGUAAAAGAGUCGGGUCCCGGGACCGGCGUCAGGAGCGGGGCCCAGGGGCUGUGGGGCAGAAACCCGGUGGACAACAGGUCAGUCCCGAACGGCUCCCAUUUAAUCCACAAAUUCUGCCUCGUAAAAUGAGCGCGCAAAUAAAACCAGGAGGAAUGUAAAUGUGGGAAGAGUGAAAUAAACUGUGAAAUUGGA